AGUACUGAUGUAAUUUUCAUUUCCUCGUCUGAAAGGGUCACAUACUCACAUGAGUGCAGACUCUGCUUAAAUUCCCUUUAAUAAGUUCGUUUUUGUGUCCAUUUAAUCAUUUUGCAGGGUUUAAAUCAUGUUGCGGACGCUUUGUCGGACCGGCGGGAUUAUUUUGCAGCAAAGCCAGCGGACGGUGCCGAGACUGUGGGUUCCAGCUGCUCAGCAGCGAUGGGCCUCCAGCCUCCCCAUGAACACCGUGGUGCUGUUUGUUCCCCAGCAGGAAGCCUGGGUGGUGGAGAGGAUGGGCCGCUUUCACCGGAUAUUACAGCCGGGUUUAAACUUCCUCAUCCCCAUACUCGACAGAAUUCGCUAUGUUCAAAGUCUCAAAGAAAUAGUGAUUGAUGUCCCAGAGCAGUCUGCAGUAUCUCUAGAUAAUGUGACUCUACAGAUUGAUGGGGUGCUUUAUUUAAGGAUCCUGGACCCUUUUAAGGCCAGCUAUGGCGUCGAGGAUCCAGAAUAUGCAGUCACACAGCUGGCGCAGACCACCAUGCGUUCAGAGCUGGGCAAACUUACACUCGACAAAGUUUUCAGGGAAAGGGAAUCCCUGAACUCCAACAUCGUCCACUCCAUCAACCAAGCAUCAGAUGAGUGGGGAAUCCGCUGCCUCCGCUACGAAAUCAAAGAUAUUCACGUACCACCUCGUGUCAAAGAAUCCAUGCAGAUGCAGGUGGAAGCUGAGCGUAAAAAGAGAGCCACGGUGCUGGAGUCUGAAGGCACAAGAGAGGCUGCCAUCAAUAUUGCCGAGGGCUGUAAACAAGCCCAGAUUCUGGCGUCAGAGGGUGAAAAGGCUGAGCAGAUCAAUAAAGCGGCCGGUGAGGCUCAAGCAGUUUUAGCCAAAGCUGAAGCAAAAGCCAAGGCUAUACGUAUGCUGUCUGAGGCUCUGACCGAACAAAAUGGAGAUGCAGCUGCUUCGCUAAGUGUGGCAGAACAGUACGUGUCUGCUUUCUCCAACCUAGCUAAACAGUCCAACACUAUCCUUCUGCCCACCAACACUGGCGACAUCAGCGGGAUGGUCUCGCAGGCUAUGACCAUUUACAGCAAGCUGGCAACGGUGAGCCCAAAACUGUCACACGAAGGGGAGGCAGAGAAGAAGGACAACCUGGUCAACCAGCUGCUAUCAUCUGAAGAACCAAGGACUCAGUGAAUGAACUCGUAGUGAUAAAUGACAUAAAACCGGAUGAACCAACUUUGAGUUUUCAAUGUCAAGGCAUCGCUGUGUGAGCAACAGUUCUGUCGUCUGACAGGAUACAAAGGAAAAUGUUAUAAAGUCUCGCCAUAAAGUUCUGGGGGACAAAAAUGACGCUUUUUUUGUUUGAAGGUCUGGCUGACUGUUGUUUAUAUUUAAUUAUCGCCUGAUCCACUCAAGUGUGUUCACACCAGUAACGGGAAUGUCAGCAGACAUGGAUGCAAGAAGAAUUCAGUCCUCAGCCAAUUCUUUUACUUAUCACAUCUGUCGUAUCUGUUAAUACAUAAAACAUUUCUACUACGAAAGUUGAUGUAAAACAUAAAAUGUCAUUUAGCACAUUUUUCUCCCACUUUCACAUCUGUUUCUCUCAAAUGACUACACUCUGGUUCUGUUGAAUCAUUAGUUUUGAUGUUGACCCUGGGGAAUCGUUGGAUAUUUAGGCCUUUUUCAAGCAGUGGCGAUUCAUCAAACAUCUUCAGCAUCAGUGGGACCAGUAUUUAAGCUGCUGCUGCAUUUGAUGUCUGCACAGAUGUUCCCAACAAUUGGGAAAGUCCUUUUUGGCCCACAUUAUUAUUUAAAACAUGAUAUCCCCUGAAAACAUUCACACAGUCUGCUUUAAAACUAGUUUUGCAAAUGCAGAAAUAGAGAAAAUAAUGUUCAGUAUCCCACUCAGUUGGUGUAUGAAAUGCUGAGAUGCUUUCAGUACAAGUGAUAUAACAAUGUAUUUAUUACACUAUAAAA